AUGGAGGUCUUGACGUUACUUGAGAUCACGGCUGUUCUGUGGGUGACGUAUUUGGCGGUGACUUGGUGGUUGGAGAGAGGCCGUCUGUCACAGCUGACCGACAAGACCGUCCUCAUCACGGGGUGUGACACCGGCUUCGGGAACCUCCUGGCCCGGCGGCUGGACCAGCUCGGCCUGCGGGUGUUCGCGGGCUGUCUGACCGAGGCCGGCGUGGCGGAGUUACGGCAGGACUGCUCCGAACGGCUGCAGCCGAUCCAGAUGGACGUCACCAAAACGGACAGCGUGCAGGAUGCCUUCAGAUUGGUGAAGCAAGCUGUGGGGAGUAAAGGUCUGUGGGGGCUGGUGAAUAAUGCAGGUAUUCUCGGUCUUGCAGCAUCACCAGUGGAAUGGGCAACCCUGGACGAUUAUCAGGCCGUCCUGAACGUGAACUUGCUGGGGAUGAUUGACGUCAUCAAGACAUUUCUCCCGCUCCUCAAGAAGUCACGUGGUCGGAUCGUCAACGUCGCAAGUGGUGCCGGGAGAGUGGCCAUGCCACAUGGCGCGCCUUACUCCGUGUCUAAAUAUGGUGUGGAGGCGUUUUCUGACUCUCUCAGACGAGGUAUGAGAUGCUUUGGCAUCAAAGUCCACAUCAUCGAGCCUGGUUUCUUCCGGACCCCAAUCAACAACCAGGAGAACCUCCUGCGCCGCCUGGACCAGACCUGGCAGCGGCAGAGUCCGGAGACAAAGACUGAGUACGGAGAGGAGUUCUUACAAGCCGCAAAGGACAGUAUAGUGGCUGCAGAUCGUUUCAUGCAAGAUGCAGUUGCCGUUGUGGACGCGAUGGAGCAUGCGCUGUGCGCUACCCACCCCCGGAGCCGUUACGUGGUUGGUUGGGACGUCCGUUUCUUGUUUAUGCCGGUUUCCUGGCUGCCAACAGACCUGGGCGAUCUGGCCUUACGGCUGGUGGCACCGGAAAUGACGCCUACACCGGCCUCCUGUAAGGCUGGACAGUAGUGUGCAAAAGGAGACAUGUAACUUUGCCUACUACCCAGAACGUACUAGUGAUUAGUCUUGAAGUACAUACAGUUAGAACUGGAUAGAGCUCAAGUUGAAGUUAGUUUACAUUGUUAAAAUGUAUAUCUAUUGUACCAAAUAAGAGUCAGGGGUUGUGGUACAUGAAAAUAUCAAUAAAUAUCUAUCAAUAAAGUUUAGAUUACAUUGAGAGGGUGUCGGCGAGAAGGUCAGCGCACUACACUAGCUGACAGAAUUGAAAUGUGUUUAUAGACUCAUCUUUUGAAUUGAGGUGCUAAAAAGUGUCUUUAUUUUGUCGUAUUUAAAGGAUCCAGUUUGACGUAUAUAUGCGUUUUUUUAAGGUAGUUUGCGUCUUUAAGGUUUUCUUUGUCAAUUUUUAUACACUGAUAAACAGUCUAUAUGGAGCAUUCCAAAUUGCCAGACAUUGAAUAGAAACAACUGAAUACA